AAAUAUUUGAUUAGGGUUUCUACUUCCUACAAAUUGUUAAUUGGCAUUAUAUUCUCAUAAAUAAAUCUGAAAUUUCUAUGAAAUCACUUAAAAACAGAAAAGCAAAGCACAAACUUGAAGACCUCAUUGACACAAGAACAAUCAGGAAAACAACUCAUCGACAGAAGAGUUGACUUUACAUCUAAUCAUUCAUGUUUAGCUAAAUUCUUGCAAACGGCCAAUAUAUGCUAGAGGUACAUUUUAUCAGAGAGAAAGGGAGAUGGGUACUUAACAGAUGUUGUUGAUGUUAUGGAACCAAAGAGAAUCUUGAGUCAGUCAUGGCUACUAAAAGACGAGACCCUACUGAGUUAUAAUUUCUUGAACUGGGAAGCUACACACGUUGUUUGUACCCAGUGAUCUUCUUCAAUAACUUCGAAGGCAAGGAAAUCACAGGUUAUAACUUAUAAGUGAAGGGAGAUGAGAGUUUUAUAGAGUUGGAAAAAGAUAAAAGAUACAAUUAUGGAUAAGUAACACUUGGGAGUGAACAGUAGAGGGUUCUUUUAUUUGAGGUUUGCUUUCCCAUAAAGGAAUUCGGUCGGUUUGGUUCACGCCAUUAGAAUUGACCACACAAGAUCCGAGCUCUCCUGAUUGCAAAUUACAAAACCCACUAAAAUAACCAAAGCCAAGAACCGUGGAUUUCAAAGCGCAGAUAUGCCUCCAAGAACAGGAAGAGCUCGAAAGGUGGAUCUGAAACGGAUUGAUGCUGCAGUUGACGCCCUUCGCUUAAUGGGCUUCCCUGAAGCUGUGGUUCGCAGAACCGUAAGAAACCUUCUCAAGGCUUAUGGAGGAGAUGAAGGUUGGACUUUUAUUGAAGAGGGUUCUUACAAGCUUCUCGUUGAUUCCAUUCUUGAGGAGCAAGAGAAAUCUGAGAGGGAAAAUAAUGAACCAAAACUAUUAGAAAACAGUGAUCCCAUACUGUUGAUAGAGAAUGGAGUGUCAAAGGAUGGCAUUAUUCAAGAUGCUACUGGAGCACAAGUUCACUCCUCUCAUGGUUAUUCGAAGCGAGUUCAAUCACCAAGCAUUGAAUCCCCAUCAAAGAAACUUGCCCUGCAAGUCCACUCCGCACAAUCUCACUGCUCCUCAUCAACGGUAGUACUGGAAGCUGCUCCAUGCUCUUUUAAGGAUGAAACCUGUCAUGGCAAGCUUGGUAGAGAGUUGCCCUCCUCUCAGAUCUCUGCAGGAGUCAGUUCUCCACAGUUGUUUUCUCCUCCACCUGUUGAAUCUCUUCUAGCUCAGGAGGGUAAACCUUGUUACGGGUGGCUUAGUGAUGAUGAUGAGGAAUGAGGCAGAGUUUAAGCGUACCUAAUGCCAACCUCUUCACAUCCACCUUCUUGUCAGUACAACAAAACCUUUUUACACAGAAAUUUUCUCAAGAAGUCAUUUAUUUGCGAGAACAAUUAGGCUACAGCACAGCAACGAAGUACACCUCUUUCAUUUUCUUGAUGAA